AUGAGUCUCAAAGAUUCGCUUUUAAAUACUAUAGUUAAAGGUAUUAAUGAAGACAUUGUUCCAAAUCAUAAUAUAAAAACAGAAGAAAUAGAGUCUUCUAAUUUAGUGGCAUCAAUGGAUAUUACUGCAACAAUGGACGAAAAAUCUGUUAUGCCAACACUUUUACACACGCAUCCUAUAUUUGUUGAUCACAAUGAUCAAUAUCUUGUAUUGAACAGAAGAUAUGGUGUUCUUAAUCGUGUAAAAUCCAUCGAUGAAUGUCAAACGGAUUUCGGUGAUAAUGAUUAUCACGAUAAUAAAAUAUCCAUGACUAGAAGCAAAGAAAUCACUGAAAUAAAUAAUUCAGAUUAUAUUCCAAAAACAAAAGGCUGGAUGCCAAAGGGAAAUGGUACCAUUCAACGUAUGACGAGCAUUGAUUCGAAUCAAACGAGAAUUGACAAUACGGCAGGUUUCGAGGAAGAUCAUGAGAUUAUUGAUUCUGAAAUAUCUGAUGAAGAACAACUACUGUCGAAAAUGUUGGGUUAUUUUCCAUACUAUAAAUCACGUGAAACGUCCAUGAAUCAUAAAGUAGAUGAUGAAUUUAUUAUGAUUCCAUCAGAAGGAAGUAAGAUAGUUAAAAAGGCAGUAGAGAAAGAUUGUGCUGAUUAUGAUACAGAUGAAGAAGGAAUUCUAGUUGAUCCAGAAAUUGAAGAACAGGAAUUUUCAGACAUUCGAUUUUCCAGGAAAAAAAAUUUUGCUACCAUUUCAGAAUCUUCUCAUAGUCAAUUAAAUUCACCCGAAUUCACUACAGCGGAAACUAUUUCAUCUUGUACAUCAUCUUCACCACCAUCCCCAACAUUUUUGCCUUCAAAUAUUUCACUAAAUCUUUCACUUCAUGUUCCUAAACCCAAAUUACCCUCAAAUAAUCUUACCACAAAGAUGUCUCCUUGGACUUCAGAUGAAGAUAAAUUACUUAUAGAUGCAGUACUAGACUCGUUGACUCCUUCAUGGAUUCAAAUAUCUGAAAAUAUUAUGAUGCAACGCUCAGAGGAUGCAUGCCGAUCACGUUGGGCACGGUUAAAAAAAAGGUUAUACGGAAGUGCUUGA